AAACCCUUUUUCUCCCUCAACUAUCUACUCCGCAGCCUCUGCAAAACAGAGCUCAGAGACGCCAUCAAAAAGUUGUAACCUUUGAUCGGUUUCCUUUCUUAUUUUUGUUUUUUGUAUUUAUUUAGGUGUUGUUGCUAGCUCUUUCCAAAGUUCUCUACUUGGAAGAAGAAGGUUGACUGAGAUGGUGAAGGACAACUUGAAGAAACAUGUUCUUACGGCUUUCACUCCUAAUGGCGACUACGUGGCUAUUCUGUCUCCCAAUGGAAUGGCCAAAGUUUGGAACACAGACAGUGGAUAUUUGUUAGCUGAGUGGAAGCCAUCAGAUGGAGAAGAUCAUGAUAUUCAAUAUUCUUGUAUUGCAUGCAGCUUUUUUGGAAAAAAGCGUAGAAAAGAACAGGGAACUUGCUUAUUAGCUCUUGGCGCAAUCGAUGGAAGUGUUCUGGUUGUUGAUGUUUCCACUGGUGAGAGAAAGUGGACUACUAGCCAUCCCGGGGGAGUUUGUGGACUUUCGUUUGCAAAUAAAGGACAUCUUCUUCGAAUUGUUGGACAUAAUGGGAUGGCAUAUGAGAUUAAUACAGAAACAGGAGAGCUUUUAAAGGAGUUUAAAAUCUCAAAGAAGUCCAUCUCUUCUCUGGCUUUCUCGCAGGAUGAAAAAUAUUUAGCUAUUGUCAGCACUAAACUACGGGUAAUAAGCUGGGAAACUGAGAAAGAGGUUCUGAAGUUCCCUGAUGAUUUGGGAAAUGUGCAGUAUGUUUCUAUAUCCAGUGAUGCCAAAGAUUUAGUUACAUCAGAUUUUGAGGGUAAACAUCUUCAAGUUUGGAGGUGUCAUUUAAACUCUGGAACUGUGAGUACUGGUCCUAUACUUACCGUGAGGCAUCCUCCAUUAGUUUUGGAAUGCCAGCACGGUUGCAAUGAAGAUGAUUUAGUUGUCUUGGCAGUUUCGCGUUCAGGUGCAGCCCAUAUAUGGAAUUUGAAUGCCUCCUCUGAAGAUCAGAUACGCCAAACUAAAUUUACCAUGAAGACAAAAAAAGUUGAAAAUGAUAAGGAAUACAGUGUAAGUUCAAAGAAAAAGCGUUGUUCAAUUAUUGCAUCCAGAUUGCAACCCGUAGGGGAAGACAAACAGAUGAAAGCUCUUGUGACUUAUGGCUCUGUAGAUCAUCCACAGUUUAGUGUCUUAGAUAUUAUCAAUUCAGGGGAGAAUAUAUUAUUAAAUGCGGGUGAUGAGACUGAUUCUGUUCAGCAGCAUGACAGUCCUAGGAAAGCAGUGCCAACAGAAAGCAAGAUGUCUAAGAAAAGACAAGCAACAUCUGAUCCUGAUCUUCCAACCACAACAGACAAGGUGGAUUCGGAUCAAGGUGAGGCUGCAGAAGGAGUCCUUCUUGAUGAUGAUUUGAGUGAGCCAACAAUGGGAGAGAAACUUGCUAGUCUCAGUUUGCUGGAUGAGAACAAAUGCAGGAGUGAUAAAGAGCAAGAAUCUUCUGUCUCAGCAAAGCCUCCAAGUGCAGACUCUGUACAUGUUUUGCUUAAGCAAGCCUUGAAUGCUGAUGAUCGCACCCUUCUACUAGAUUGCUUGUAUAUGCAAGAUGAAAAGGUUAUUAAAAAGUCAAUUGCACAGUUGAAUCCAUCCAAUGUCCUCAAACUUCUACAGUCUCUCAUAUCCAUUAUUGAUUCUAGGGGUGCAAUUUUGGCAUGUGCUCUUCCAUGGCUGAAGUGUCUACUUCUACAGCAUGCAAGUGGAAUAAUGUCCCAGGAAUCUUCAUUAAAAGUUUUGAACUCUUUGUAUCAGCUAAUUGAGUCUAGAGUCUGCACUUUUAAAUCAGCAAUCCAACUGUCAAGUUGCUUGGACACCCUUUACGCAGGGGUUAUUGACGAGGAGGUAGAUGAAGUUGAAACAGUGCCACUUAUAGAGUUCAAGGAUGAUAGUGAAGAAGAAUCUGAGGAUGUCAUGGAAACUGACCAAGAUAGAAAAGAUGAAGAACAAUCAGAUGAUGUUAGUGACAUCGAAGGAAGUAAAGAUAUGAUGGGAGAUUGAUGAUGUCAUAACAUGAAGUCCCAGCUGAUAGAAGUUGAUAACAACACACUUGGUUGAGUUCCCAGAGAUUGGUCUUUUAAUGUAUUCAAUGUAGUAGGUUGGAAGAGCCAUAUAUAUAAUACAUUUGCUUGUGCAUGCACAUGCCAUCACAGUUUUGAAAAAUUGAUACUAUAUUGUAUUG